AUGUUAUAUAAAACCAGUGAAGACCCUGCUGGAUCAGUACUGAGGGCAUUCACAUCCAAGCUUGUUUUCAUCAUGGGACUCAACCUCCUACUGAAUGUUCAACUUGACUCUGCCUACCAGCUGAUGUGUUACUUCAACAACUGGCCUCAGUAUCAGCCAGAUGUGAGAGGUAUGAAGCUUGAUGACAUUGACCCUUGCCUCUGUACUCACCUAAUCUAUUCUUUUGCUGGGAUUUGGGAAAACAACAACACUAUGACCAAAAGGAAAGAUUUGGAUGACUACAAAGAAUUUAAUGAUUUAAAAAAGAGAAACAACAAGCUGAAAACACUCCUGUCUAUUGGUUGCUGGAACUUUGGAGCUGGUCUUUUUAUCACCAUGGUGUCAACUCCUGAGAGCCGCCACACUUUCAUUACUUCAGUUAGAAAAUUCCUGCGAAAGUACGGAUUUGAUGGACUUAACUUAGCUUGGCAGUACCCUGGCUGUUAUGGAAGCCCUCCUAAGGACAAACAUCUCUUUACUAUCCUAACACAGGAAAUACGUAAAGCUUUUGAAAAGGAGGUGAGCAAGAACAAAAAGCCUAGGCUGAUAGUCACUGCUGCAAUUGCUGGUGUCAUCUCCCCAAUCCAAUUUGGCUAUCAUGUUCCCCAUCUGUCACAGUCUUUGGAUUACAUUCAAGUCAUGACCUAUGACCUCCAUGGAUCUUGGGAUGGUUACACUGGAGAAAACAGUCCUCUCUAUAAAUCUCCAACUGAAACUGGAGUCAAGGCCUUUUACAACAUAAAAUAUACCAUGCAUAACUGGAAGAACAAAGGGGUAUCACCUGAGAAGCUCAUUGUUGGAUUUCCAGCAUAUGGACACACUUUCAUUCUGAGUGAUUCCACUAAAACAGAAAUUGGUGCCCCUAGCAAUCGUGGUGGCCAUCCAGGACCCUACACAAAGAAAACUGGAUUCUGGGCCUAUUAUGAGAUUUGUGCAUUCCUGAAAAAUGGAGCCAUUCAGGUCUGGAAUGCUGCUCAGCAGGUACCCUACGCCUUCCAUGGCAAUGAGUGGGUUGGCUAUGACAAUGUCAAGAGCUUUCAUAUCAAGGCUCAGUGGCUUAAGAACAACAACUUUGGAGGUGCCAUGAUUUGGGCCAUUGGUAUGGAUGACUAUACUGGUUCUUUCUGUGAUCAGGGCCCAUUUCCCCUGACCUCCACCUUGAAGAAAGCCCUCAAAGUGCACAGUGCAAGUUGCAAAGUAACUGCUUUUUCAGCCAAUGUGACUGGUAACAGGGACAGUAACUCUGGAGCAUUGGAGCCUCUAUUUCAACUCAGUAGCAAAUAA